CAGAAUCGGUGGAAAACAAGGAUGCAUUUGUCAUUCAUCAGUGGAACAUUUUGGGUGGAAGUGUGAUUUUAGGGCCGGGAGCCAGGACAUUUGUCAGCGCCGGUUGUUUGCAGCCUCUCUUCAAAAUUUUGCCGGUGAUGCGAUCGCAAGCAGCACCGUCAAAUAGCCAAGCAUACCAUGGAUCUUAGAUAUAUCGUUCAGAUAACCCGCUCGAAUUGCGGAAAAGGAGACUUAAAUAAGAAAGAAUAAAUUGCUUAAGACUUUUUUUUUAAAUAUACUCUUAAAAUGUGAAGGUCUUAAGCUUUAUCGACACCGGCUGCUCUAAGUGUUCACAAGUUAAAGGAAAUUUUGUACAUUCCAAUUUACAUGUGGGAGCAUAACUAUGGCUGACCUUGACAACAAUCUUGGAUAUCUUUGUAUGUUUCUUUGUGUUGGAUUAUCGUUUUGUUUUACCAAUUCUUUGGAUUUAGACCUGCAGCCUAAGACGACAAAAAUUGUGUCUUUACAUAUACAGUCCAGUAUACUGUACCGAUUUUCCUCUACUAGUGUGACAAGUACUAUAAUUAACGAUGACGUCAGAGCUAAAGAAACCACCUUCGACGUCACUCUUCCUGAGGCAGCUUUCAUCUCUAACUUUACACUAGAAAUUGAUGGAAACAUUUAUCCAGGAGAAAUUAAAGAAAAGGAUAUUGCAAGAAAUACUUAUGAUAAUGCAAGAUGGAAAGGUCAUUCAGCUGGUCACAUACAAACGAGACCCAGGGACUCUAACAUGUUUAAGAUUUCCAUAAAUAUCGCAGCCUUUAGUGAAGUUACAUUCAUACUAACCUACAACGAGUUGUUACAGAGACGACGUGGAAUCUACGACCAUACAAUAUAUGUUAACCCUGGUCAGAUAGUGGACAGCCUGUUGGUGGAGGUCACGAUACAAGAGUCACGUUCCAUAACACAGCUGCACGUUUCCCCGCUAAGGAAUGACAUUCUCACCGAACACCAUAAUAGAAUUCAGAAUAUCUAUGCGUCUAUUCGGAGACCUUCACUGACUUCUGCAUACAUUCGUUACAAUCCUUCACCGGAAGAUCAAAAGCGAGCCUCGAUGCAGGGAAUGGCGGGAUUAUUUGUUGUUGAAUACGAUGUUGAAAGGACAACAAACGUUGGCGAAAUUCUGGUGGUCAAUGGAUAUUUUGUCCACUAUUUUGCACCACAAGGAAUACCACGUAUGAGGAGGAAAGUUCUGUUUAUUCUGGACUCCAGCGGCUCCAUGAUAGGAACGAAAAUUAAUCAAGUUAAGGUUGCAAUGUCCGAAAUUCUCUCAAACCUCGACGAUGGUGACAAAUUCAACAUCAUUCAGUUCGCUGGUAACGUGACAAAAUGGUGGGACCGCUCAGCAUUAGUUGAGGUUAAUCAGUUUACUGUGAGCGCCGCCAGAAACUUCAUAAAUGACAUAGAAGCAGACGGAUGGACGGACAUUCAUGGUGCUGUAUCAGAAGGUCUGACACUGAUCCAAGAGGAUGAUGACGAUGGUUUCUCUUCCUUAAUAAUCUUCCUCACAGAUGGUGCUGCCACAGAAGGAGAGACUGACCAUUCUAAAAUACUGGACAGUUUAAGCAAAAUAAAUAAGAAAAACAUUCCGAUUUUCAGUCUUUCCUUUGGCAAAGACGCCGACUAUGGAUUUCUGAAAAAGAUGUCAGCUCAAAAUAAUGGAUUUGUUCGUAAAAUUUACGAAGCAUCCGAUGCUUCUCUGCAGCUUACAGGUUUUUAUGGUGAAAUUGCAUCCACUUUAUUGUCAAACUUGACCUUCAGAUACUUGGAUGAAACCAUUGUUGGAAAAUCUGUCACAAAUACAAUUUAUCCUAGCUUCUUCGAGGGAUCUGAAAUCAUCAUUGCAGGGAAAAUAUCAGAACUGAAUAUUUCAGCUAUGAAUUUAGAAAUCUGUGGCACGAGUUCUAAAGGACCUUUAGAGUGGCGAACUGCAACUGGGAACAAUAUUUUUGAUUUAAUUCAAGAUGCUCCAACUGAAUUAGUGGCCUCCAACUUUUCGGAUAUUACUGAAAAAAUAUGGGCAUAUAUGACAAUCAAACAGCUUCUAAUUAAUAGGCUUCGUGAACGGAAUAAUACGGCAAGGAUUGAGUUAAAAAGAAGGGCUCUGGAGCUUGCCUUGAAGUAUAAUUUUGUAACACCCCUGACGUCUAUGGUAGUGACGAGACCACAGGACGAAAAUGUGAUACAACCAAACGCGGACUACGGUCUGAACGAUAGUCCUCAUUCAGUGUGGGGCAGCGCCUUAACCGGAAGCAAAGGUUUAGCUCUUGCUGGAAAUUCGCCUUCCUUUGUUGAUAGCGACCCCCAUUUUAUUGUACGAGUCAAAGGGCUGGAUUCCUCUGUAUGUUUUGAUGUUAUGGGAACGGACGGUGAUGUUUACAAUCUCGUAAAAGAUGAGAUUUCAGGGAUUAUCGUAAAUGCUAAGGUUGCAACAACAGAUGACAACGGUUCUAAUACAACUUCCUCCAAUCACCGAAAUAGAACUACAAACGACAAGUCAAAAGUUAAAACCUAUUUCGGAGAAGUAACAAUAUCCGGAGAUCGUUCUGUUAUAAAUGUUUCGCCUAGCGGCUGGAAGGUGAAUGAACAUAUUUACAAAUGGCAACCAGCACAGACCAUCACUGUUCACAAGACAAAGCUUGUUACAGAUGGGACAGGAAAAAUGAUCGCCAUUAUGUUUCCUCAUAAAAUCACUUUGUUGAUUGUCCGCCAUAUGAGGACAAAAAGACAAUUGGAGAUGGGGCAAAUCAACUUCCUCGGUUUCUACAUUGUUGACGAUAGGGGAUUUUCUUGGUAUACACAUGGAUUAUUAGGGCAAUUCAUUUACAGACGAAUAUCGUUAGAAAAGAAGAAAAAGUCAAAGAGUGGUAAAACCAGAGGGAAACUGAAAGUAGAAGGAAACAUAAAACGCAUGCGCAGAGUAACAGCUUUACUUGGUAGAAGAGUCAAUUUAGCAACAAACUCUUAUGUGUCCUGUUGGAUGGUGCAGAAAAAUGGCCGACGUUUAAUUGACGGUGUAUACACUGAUUAUCUUGUCCGGAAUUCAACAACGUUACAAAAACGGAAGCGCAAAAGAAGCAGAAUUCAGACAUAAAAACUCUUAUAUAUUUAUUUACCUUCAUACAUUGAGACAGAUUAUUUCCAUAGUAAAGGUCAUGCUUUAUGCAUGGAAAGAACUCGACGAGCGAAUAAGGAUACUAAAGGCUCAAAUCUAGUCCUUAGAGUACCACGUCCUUGUGACUUGUAUUUAAGCUGAUUUGAGUCAGACGGCUCUUUUUUAUAUAAAAUACCAAAGAGUAAAAUACCUUCACACGUACCUUAACCUUAUGUUUAUUUAGUUAUAACAUAAUUCGUUCAUACGUACUUUAAACUUAUGUUUAUUUGAUUGAAAUUUAUAAGGAUAAAUUACUAGAAUUUUCUGACAAUUAAUGAUGUAUCUUUUUAUUUGAAAAUCAGGACAACUCGUUGGAACAGCCAGUAAUUAUUUUGAUUUCUGUGCUGGUCGUGUGUACAUUAUUGUAAAUACAUCAGUUUUUGAUAUUUUAUUGAUCACUUUAUAUACAAUAAUUGACAUUUGUGUCUAUUGUAAAAUAAUGAUUGAUGAAGGAGCACUUCGGGGGAUCUCAGAGAGACUUCCUUGUGAAUUGAAUACUGUGUGAAAAAAAACUCACUUAUUAUGAAAAAUAGUCCAUUUGCCCUGCAACAGCUUAGGGGAUUCUUUUAAUAGUUACACAUUGCUUUUACGUUGAAGUUCAUACUUGAAUAUCGUUUGAUAAUAUUAUCAAACACAUUUUCUUGAAAAUACUUUGAGGUUUAUACUUAAAUAUCGGUAGAUAAUAUUAUCAAACAGUUUUAUGAUUGAAGAAACAGAGAAAAAUUGUAAUAUGAAGGUAAAUAUUAUGAAAUUUUCAAUUUUUGAUUGUUCAGUUGUUGUUUUUAAGAAUAUUGUAUCUGCAAAUAUCUAGGCAAGAAACUGUUCGUGGGAUAUCUCAUAAAAGAAUGAAGAGAUUAAAAAAAUGUACCUAAUUUUGUUCAUAAAAACAUGUGAUGAUUCAAAGAUUGCCCUAUUUGAAAUUCUUCGUGCAUAAUAUUGUUGAUGUGUCAUAGCAUUUAGCUGCGAAUAAGAGUUAAACAAUCUUGAAAUGAUUAAUGGUUUAAUGCAUACAUGUCUUAAAUCAUUUUUUUUUGUACAUAGUAGGUAUGUAAUAUUGACUAUUAUUUUAAUGCACUUUUAGUUCGUCAUAUGGUUCCUCGCAAAAUCAUGUUUUAUUGAUUGCAAUUCAAUUGAUACUCCAGUCCUUCAUUUUAAAGAAAUACUUGAAGAUAAAACAAAAAAAAAUGUAUAUAAACGAUUUUCUCAUGUUUCUUGUAUUUUGUUUAUGAUAUUGAUCCAGUAAAGUUUGAAUUAAAGCUUUGUUAAGAACACAAAGUUUGUUUUAUCUCAUAGUUUACUGUAUCAAGACAAGUGAUUAUGUUAAUGCCCAGUUAACACGGAGAGCUUAAUUCGUAGUAAAUUAAAGCGAAAUAAUCAAAUGCGAAUUAAAAUAAUGCAAAUUAAAUUCCGUUCACACGAGAGCUAAAGCGAAGUAAAUUAAUCCGAAUAAAAUUUUAUUUCUACAAAAAGGCUAUUCAGAAAGUCUAUUAUGACGUCAAUUGCAAAUCACGUCAUGUAUGCAGAGCCAUCCAUUUGAUAUAAUAAUCAUAGUGACUACUGGCCUA